UCCAGGCGAAGGGUCUCGACCCGAAACGUUGACUGCUUCUUUCAACGGAUGCUGCCCGACCUGCUGAGUUCAUCCAGCUUGUUUGUACGUGUUGAUUUGACCACAGCAUCUGCAGUGACUUUGUGUUUACUGGCGCCCUGUUCCUUCCGUGUGUGACUGGGGCCGUUCUGAGUCCGGGCGCUCCGAUCCAUUCGCACGCACGCUGAGGAUUCGUCUCUUCCUUGUUGAGUGAAGAUGACCCUACAAUGCUUUGCACUGCUACUUCUAAUGCAAGUUGGAGGUGCUUUGCAGCACAAUAACGUAGAUGUGGAUCCCGAAGCAUAUAUGGAUAUUUCCCAGCUGAUCUCCUACCGUGGUUAUCCCAGUGAAGAAUAUGAGGUGACGACUUCUGACGGCUAUAUCCUUUCAGUCAACAGAAUUCCCUAUGGAAUUAAUGACACUGUGGAAAGCAAAGGAUCUCGGCCUGUGGUAUUUCUGCAGCAUGGUUUACUGGCAGCUGGAAGCAACUGGGUCACAAACUUGGCCAACAACAGCCUGGGCUUUAUUCUAGCAGAUGCUGGUUAUGAUGUCUGGAUUGGAAAUAGUCGUGGAAACACCUGGUCCAGAAAGCACAGAAGUAUUCCAGUUUAUAAGGAUGCAUUCUGGAGAUUUAGCUUUGAUGAAAUGGCCACCAAAGACUUACCGGCAGUGCUAAACUUCAUCCUUGCAAAGACUAAACAAGAACAGUUGUACUAUGUUGGUCAUUCUCAGGGGACAACAAUUGGUUUCAUAGCCUUUUCUACAAUGCCAGAGCUAGCAAAGAAAAUUAAGUUAUUUUUUGGCCUGGCUCCUGUUGCAACAGUUCAAUAUGCUACGAGCCCACUGGUAAAACUUGGUCUUCUUCCAGAGUUUUUAAUCAAAGAUAUUUUUGGGAGACGGGAUUUCCUUCCACAGAACAAGAUAAUAAAGUGGCUUGCUACACACGUGUGUGACCACUCUUGUAUUGAGGAGCUGUGUGCCAAUAUGUACUUCAUAGUAUCUGGAUUCAAUACAAAGAAUCUUAACAUGAGCCGAAUUCCAGUCUAUUCAGCCCAUUGCCCAGCUGGAACAUCUGUACAAAAUAUUCUCCACUGGAGUCAGAAUAUAAAGACAGGAAGAUUUCAGGCUUUUGAUUGGGGUUCCGAUGAUGAGAAUAUGGCUCACUAUAAUGAGACAAUACCACCUCUAUACAACAUAAAAAAGAUGAAUGUUCCCACUGCUGUCUGGACUGGAGGUCAUGACUGGCUGGCUGAUCCCACUGACGUGACUACGUUGCGACAUAAAUUGCCCAAGUUAAUUUACCAUAAGGAAAUCCCAGAUUGGGAACAUCUGGAUUUCAUCUGGGGCCUGGAUGCUCCAUCACGCAUGUACAGUGAAAUCCUCAAUCUCAUGAAAAAAUAUCGCUGAGUCUGGAACAACAUGCUGUAAACAUUUUUUAAAAGUAGAGUUUGUGUUUUCUAGAUUUUCUCUUUCAGCUGCAUUACUGGGAUCAUUGAUGGUCUCAGGUAGUUCUUAAAAAAUUAUAUACGAUAGUUUAAGUAAAGAUUGUGCCUGAGCUAUGUUUUUGCAAAAUGAAUAUGUACAUGUUCAGAUGUCUAAUCCCACACCUUCUGAUGGUUAUGGGAAAAUGUUGGGUCUGAUGUGAUUUGUCAUUGUUCACAUUAGCUUUACCACUGACAAGAAAAAAAACUGAUCAUGCUUAUAAUUGCAACACGGCCAAGUUUUUCUAUUGGGUGUCUUGAUAAAGACUAAGUAGAUUAAAGACAGUCUUUUUAAAAUUGAUUUUUAUUCUUUUAAAUGUUUUCUGCUCAGAGUGAGCACUUUUUUUUAAAGCACUGCUGGCCUUGGAAUGGACUUCUGUCAUGAAGUAUGGAGCUCUAGUCAACAGAGCAGUGAUUAUACAGGGUAUUGAAGACAAUGAAUUCCUCAGCGUCCUUAAUUUCAGAAGUAAUUAAUGUAUCUGAUUCUUUUUCAGAUAAUCAUAAUAAUAAUGUGGAACCCUAUCCACUGGAUUCUGUAUUUUGAUACUAAUACCACUAGUUUAAAUUUUCAACAAUAAUUUUAUUACUGAAUGCAGACUUCAUGAAAUAGAUCUUAACUCAUUACAUGGGACAAUCUACACCUCGUCAUUCGAGGUCAGAAAAUAGUUCAAAAGCUAGCUUUGUUUCAUUUAAAUAUUUGGAUUUCCACACAAAAAAACAUUGAAUGACCUGGUGUGGACUUGCCAAUAUUGUGAUAGAAAACUUGAAGGAACUCUUUACUGUGUGAGAUUUUUUAAUAUGGAAAUUACUGUACAAUGUACUGUGUAUGUUAAUCAAAAUGGCUUCUUUGUUUUGUUUAGAGUAGGAAUGCUUCUUUGUAUGAUAAGUGAUUUCUCUGGCAGUUGUUUAGCUUUAGACUUGCUGAUAUCGGGAUUGUAUUCCUUUGUUAACCAAUGGGGGAAUGUUAUUUUGUCUUGUGGGUCUGGGAGCUUGGGAAUUUUCAUGGUCUUUUCAGGGGAGAAGGGAAGAAGACGCCGAGGAAGGUGGACGUGCGCUGCACUGCUCGGUCGACCACCGGGUGGUCCCAGGUGCGAGGACGUGGAGGUCGGACGAAAGCGACGAUGGGUCGAAUGGUUCGAUGGUUGAGCUCCAACGAUGUGCACUAAACUGACUGAACUUUGAUAAGUUGGUGCCUUUUACUUUAUUUUCUUUUCCUUCAUGUAUAUUGUAUUGCAUAGUGCUCUUUUAGUUUUAGUAAAAUCUUUAAAGUGUAUUCCAUAACAGUAUCUGAUAUGAGUUUCAUAUGGUGUGUGUGCAUGCGGCAUAAACUUGAUUCUCACAGCACCUGCGUGUACGGGAGGUGGGGUUGGUGAGUGGCUGGAUCUCCUAUUCUUCUAGACAUAUACCAGCCUGUUGGGUAAGUGUUACAUUAUUAUUGUAUAAAGCAAUAUCAUUGAUGUCUUGGGUGUAGUUUUAAUGUACUUUCAAUAGCAUAAUUUGAAUUUGUAACAUUUAAUGCAAGUCAGAUACUGAGCACAACUCCACCUGGUCCGGUAAACUGGAAUAAUGAGCGCAUCAUGCAGAGUGACAAUUCAUUGUUCCAUUAUGUACUGACCUUGCUAGUACAGGGUGGGAGUCCCUUUUCUCAUUUAAAAUGUUUGCAACAUAAAUUUGUAAAACUAGCCACAAAGUAACAACUUUCAUUUUCAUUUUCUUUAGUAAUGUCUGUGGAUUUGCUGUGAACCUGACAGCUUCUGGUACAUUGCAAUCAAUGUGUAUUUGUGUUAAUUCAGAACAAGCAGGGUUGAGGUAUCUGUCAGCAUUCAUAGCUGAAUUUCAGAACAAUAGAUAUAAGGUAGCGAUAACCUGAACAUAAUUGCUAUGGUGCUUAAAGAUUGUAAUGCUGGUGGAUGAUGAUGCAAAACUUCUGAACUGCAGAAGAUAGUUGUAAUACUGUGAAAUCCAUCAAGUUUGCCUCUUGUUUUAUAGUGCCUUGUCAUAUGUCUUGCUAUUACAAUGGAUCAAUUUCAAUAAAGAGUAAGCUACUAUGC